UUUCAUCCUCAUCAUCAUCAUCUUCAUCAUCGCAGUCCGCCUGUGCACGCGCACGUCGGGUCUCCGUGGGGGUUGGGCAGGGGGCGGAGUCAGAUCCGUGCUGCAGCUGUCCAUGGUUGUGUGAAGCCUCAGAGGUUUUGUACUAUGCGGCCAUAGUCACUACAGCGUCAAAAACCACGAGCUGCAGGGAUCCUUCGGUUUCACAGAGCACCGCAGAAGACUGAAAGUCUGUGGACAUAAGGAAUCAUGGCUGAGCAUCAGAGGCAACGCUCUCUGUCCACCGCUGGUGAGUCUCUCUACCUCGUGUUGGGAGUUGACAAGAUCGCCACAUCCGAUGACAUCAAGAGAUCUUACAGGAAGCUGGCGCUGAAGUUCCACCCUGACAAGAAUCCUGACAAUCCAGAAGCAGCAGAUAAGUUCAAGGAGAUAAACAACGCCCAUGCGAUUCUGAACGACCCCACGAAGCGUAAUAUUUACGACAAAUACGGUUCCCUGGGCCUGUAUGUGGCCGAGCAGUUUGGAGAAGAGAAUGUUAACACUUACUUUGUGCUCUCCAGCUGGUGGGCGAAGGCUCUGUUCGUGUUCUGCGGCCUGGCCACCGGCUGCUACUUCUGCUGCUGCCUGUGUUGCUGCUGUAACUGCUGCUGUGGAAAAUGUAAACCGAGGCCUCGGGAAGGCCAAGACCAGGACUUUUACGUGUCCCCCGAGGACCUGGAGGCCCAGCUGCAGUCUGACGAGAGAGAGGCCGGUGGCGAUCCCAUAGUGUUGCAGCCGUCGGCCACAGAGACGACCCAGCUAACAUCGGAUGGGCACCACUCCUACCACACUGACACCGGCUUCAACUAACCCCCUGUCCCCAGCGAUCCUGGCCUGCGGCCCUGCCUGCUUUCCCUGCUCCACCUCCGUGAGACGACUGAAACGGGCGAUCCAUCUUUCCACUUCCGAUCGGGAGCCAUGUUGAGGAGAGGGACUAGUAAGCAUGGCCCAUGAAAGGAACUAAUGAAGUCACAUCCCUUACACCCCUCCCUGAUUGGUCCACCCACUUAUUAACCCCAGUGCGAUAAGAAAAGAGAAACAACCAAAUUAUUUGUUUUUUUUUAUUUCUUCUUUUGUAUUUCUUGGCCUUUAACCACACAGGUCGCCUACCCCCACUUUCCCUCUCCCAUUCUCUGCAUCACGGUGUAGCAUGCACUGUUUAAAAAAACAUAGUCUCCAGUUUUCCUGUCAUCCUUUGCAACAUUUUUACUUUGCAAGAUUCAUAAUGUGGGUGCAUACGUACGUGCAAUACGUUCAUCUGAGUACAGUUCACCAGGAGGAGGUAAAGUUUACGUGAUAGUUUCUGCUAAAGGAAGGAGAGCCAUGGCUCAGGGAGGUGCUGGUUAGAGAGAUGUUUGUUCCGGUUCAGUGGUGCCAUCAUCGGUAAACCUUUCAAGAACAGAGGUGUCAUAUUUUUGAUUUGAGAAUUCCACCUGCCAUCCUCAGCCCUCCUCUGUGUGUGUGUGUGUGUGUGUGUGUGUGUGU